AUGGGCGAGAUCCGGCGGCAGGGAAAGCUCUGCGAUGUGACGCUCAAGGUGGGGGAGCACAAGUUCAGCGCACACCGGAUCGUGCUGGCAGCCUCCAUCCCCUACUUCCACGCCAUGUUCACCAACGACAUGAUGGAGUGCAAGCAGGACGAGAUCGUCAUGCAGGGCAUGGACCCCAGUGCGCUGGAGGCUCUGAUCAACUUCGCCUACAACGGGCACCUGGCCAUAGACCAGCAGAACGUGCAGUCCCUGCUCAUGGGGGCGAGCUUCCUGCAGCUGCAGAACAUCAAGGACGCCUGCUGCACCUUCCUCAGGGAGAGGCUGCAUCCCAAGAACUGCCUGGGCGUGCGGCAGUUUGCCGAGACCAUGAUGUGCACGGUGCUGUACGACGCUGCCAACAGCUUCAUCCACCAGCACUUCGUGGAGGUGUCCAUGUCCGAGGAGUUCCUGGCCCUGCCCUUCGAGGACGUCCUGGAGCUCGUCUCCAGGGAUGAGCUCAACGUCAAGUCCGAGGAGCAGGUGUUCGAGGCUGCCUUGGCCUGGAUCCGCUACAACAGAGACCAGAGGGAGCCCUGCCUGCCCGAGCUCCUGGCCAAAAUCCGCCUGCCCCUGUGCCGGCCGCAGUUCCUCACGGACCGCGUGCAGCAGGACGACCUGGUCCGCUGCUGCCACAAGUGCAGGGAUCUGGUUGACGAAGCCAAGGAUUACCACCUGAUGCCGGAGCGCCGGCCGCACCUGCCGGCGUUCAAGACGCGGCCGCGGUGCUGCACGUCCAUCGCGGGGCUCAUCUACGCCGUGGGGGGACUCAACUCGGCAGCAAAUUUCUACGCAGGCGACUCUCUGAACGUGGUGGAGGUGUUUGACCCCAUUGCCAACCGGUGGGAGCGGUGCCAGCCCAUGGCCACGGCGCGCAGCCGCGUCGGCGUGGCCGUGCUCAACGGGCUGCUCUACGCCAUCGGCGGCUACGACGGCCAGCUGCGCCUCAGCACCGUGGAGGUGUACAACCCCGACACCGACUGCUGGUCCAAGGUGGAGAGCAUGAACAGCAAGAGGAGCGCCAUGGGCACGGUGGUGCUGGACGGGCAGAUCUUCGUGUGCGGCGGCUACGACGGGAACUCCUCCCUCAACUCGGUGGAGUCCUACUCUCCAGAAACAAACAAGUGGACAGCAGUGACCCCCAUGAGCUCCAACCGCAGCGCCGCCGGAGUCACCGUGUUCGAGGGCCGCAUCUACGUGUCCGGAGGGCACGACGGGCUGCAGAUCUUCAACAGUGUGGAGUACUACAACCCGCACACGUCCAGCUGGCACGCGGCGGCGCCCAUGCUCAACAAGCGGUGCCGGCACGGCGCGGCGGCGCUGGGCAGCCGCAUGUUCGUGUGCGGCGGCUACGACGGCUCCGGCUUCCUGAGCGCCGCCGAGGUGUACGGCCCCGCCGGCGACCAGUGGUACCCGGCCGUGCCCAUGAACACCCGGCGCAGCCGCGUGUCGCUGGUGGCCAACUGCGGCCGCCUCUACGCCGUGGGCGGCUACGACGGGCAGUCCAACCUCAGCUCGGUGGAGAUGUACGACCCCGAGAGCGACCGCUGGACGUUCAUGGCGCCCAUGGUGUGCCACGAGGGCGGCGUGGGCGUGGGCUGCGUGCCGCUGCUCACCAUCUGA